GUUCCUGUUUGAGCAAGUGAAGUUCCUCGUUCUAGCAAUAUAUAUUGUUUGUCCAGCUAGUUCUCAUGAACAGAGGGUGAGGAAUGAAUGCAUGGAUAAUAUGCACGGAUACUUUGGGGAUCUAUAUUUAAAGAGACAUUGUAUGGGAAGCAGAGCUACACGAUUAGCCAAGCCAACAAUAGCCAAAAUGACGACGGAAGGGGAGUGUGCCAAACAUGCAAAGAUACAACGGGUAGACAGUUUCUUGACCCGGCUUCAUGUAAAGGCUAGAGGUGAAAUUUAUCCAAGAACCCAGAUGAAAAGAUUCCAAGUAGAAGAUAAAUAUGUGAAAUGGGACGUUGACUAUCCUGAGUAUGAUCCUGUGGUUUACACAUCAGAAGGUGUAUUAAAAGGUCCUGUUUGGGCAGAUCCAGAUCUGUUAACUACAACUGCUGAAAUGAAAUGGAAUGCUCUAGAUGGUAAAGUGAGUCGAGCCAGCCAUAUGGGGUCUUACAAUUUAGGAAAUGACAACCUCCCAAGAAAUCCAAUAGGACGAACAGGAGUUAAAGGGCGAGGUUGUUUAGGUCGCUGGGGACCAAAUCAUGCAGCAGACCCUAUUGUAACACGAUGGCUACGAGAUGUAGAUAAUAAAAAAGUGAAAGGAGAGGAUGGAAAAGAUAUAUUACAGUUUGUGGCAGUCCAGAGGUCUGACAAUAAGCAGUGGGCUAUACCUGGGGGCAUGGUUGAUCCCGGUGAAGUCAUCACACAAACCUUAAAACGUGAGUUUGGUGAGGAAGCCAUGAACUCACUAGAAAUGUCUGAAAAAGAAAAGGAGAAUCUAGAAAAAGCAAUUAGUAAUAUAUUUCAACAUGGCGACGAGGUCUAUCGAGGCUACGUGGAUGACCCGCGCAAUACAGAUAAUUCCUGGAUGGAGACAGUGGCGAUCAAUUUCCAUGACGAAUCGGGGACAGGAGUUAGUCAAAUCAAGUUACAUGCUGGUGAUGAUGCUGUGGGAGUGAAAUGGAUGGACCUUACAAGUAAACUUGAGAUCUAUGCCAGUCACAUUGACUUUUUACAGGAAGUUGCAAGAAAACGGGGUGCCAGUUGGUGAACCUAAUUGUGAUUAGCGUUUUCAUUAUAUAGUACCUACAAUUGAAAUAUUUUUCCUUUUUGUGGUCAGCGUUAAAGACUUCCAUUCACCACGUACAGCUGUGUGUGGUGAUUUACAAGGCUGAUCACAGAGAAUGUAUGGUUGACAGUACUCUGUGGCCUAUAUUACAACUUCCUUGGUAGUUACAAUGCUAUAUUCUUAAUGAGGCAAUAAUUCAUUUCAGUUUAGAAAUUGAAAAAAAAAGAAAUACUACAUAAGCAGUAAGAAUGUGCAUGUGUGCGAUGGAUAGAUACACAAUCUCGUAGUGCUUAUAAUGUGUAAUGUUGAGUGUGAUGGUCUUGAUCAGAAUAUCUCAUACAGUGUAAUGUCGAAUGUGACAGUCCUGAUCAGAAUAUCACAUACAGUGCUUGUGUAAUGUUGAGUGUGACAGUCCUGAUCAGAAUAUCUCAUACAGUGUUUGUUUAAUGUUGAGUGUGACAGUCCUGAUCAGGAUAUCACAUACAGUGUUUGUGUAAUGUUGAGUGUGACAGUCCUGAUCAGAAUAUCACAUACAGUGCUUGUGUAAUGUUGAGUGUGACAGUCCUGAUCAGAAUAUCACAUACAGUGCUUGUGUAAUGUUGAGUGUGACAGUCCUGAUCAUUGAGAACUGGACAUAUAUUGUUUUAAGCUGAUAUUUAUAAUUUGUAUCUUGAAUGAAUGACUACCAUACUCAAUUUAUCAAGUUGUUCUUUGAUCAGUAAUAUUAUUUAUCCUUCACAAGUGUAUAUGUAGUUGUUUAUAAAGAAGUUAAAAUGAAUGUUCAAGGAAAUUUUGUGAUUAUUUUAACCACUGAUAUUUAGUCCAAUUAAAUUUGGAGAGAAUUAUUAUUACAACAGGCAAUACAUAUAAUUUGCUAUAUUCAACCUUUCAUGUCUAUCUUUUAAAAACACCCUGUAAUUCACUGCUGUUUUAAGUCUUACUCGGAAAGUGAGAUGAGAGAGAAAAUUUGUGCUGCCUGAAGUGUUCUAAGAAAUAUUUUUAUAUGUCCCUGAGAUCAGUGAGAGGAUCAGCAGUGACUGAUUUGACUGCACCCUGCUGAUAACGCAGUAUGGCUGUUUGAUAUUGUGGUAUUUUCCAUUGUUCUGUCGUUCUAAAUGUUAUACUUCCAUUAGUGCUGAAAACUACUCCACAAUUAGCAGUGGAGUUUUGUCUAGAAUUUAAACCUUUUUUAUCUCAGGUAAAAAAUGAAAUUUAUCUUGUUCUGGAAGCCAUGCGGUAAAAGACCAUAUUUUGAUGGAUAAUAAAAUUGAAGUGAGGACUGUUUACAUCUUUACUAGAUAGAAAUAAAUUACAUGAUGGUAUGUUAUGAGGUGUAUACAUUUAUAUCUAAAUAUUACCAAUGUUUGUAAUGUUAUGUUGUUCUAUAUACCACCCACGUUGAUGAUAAUACAGUUAACGAUAGAAAAAAAACCCAUUUGAAAAAUUCAGAGGAAGUGAAUGUGAUGAAGAGAUUCCAGACUUCGGUUGUGGUUUGAGAUGAUGUGUUAAUGAAAGAAUCAAUGAUUUAUUUUAUCAAUAAAAUACAAUGCUGGAUCUCAGUGAUUUAUCUUAUGCCCAGAAUCUGUACAAUUAUCCUCCUUUAGUUCAAUUUUCACCCCGCUUUGUUCAGAAUUACAAGAGUUAAGUCCCUUCAAGCGUUAUCAAAGUACAUAUAGUUUGCUUGCAUCAUAUAUUAGGUUAUAUAUUAGGUUAUAUAUGAAAUAAAGACAGAUUUAUCGGCCUAAAUAGAAUUUCUAUCCUUAGUCGUGACAAGUUUGAUAAUAAAUACUCAUCUGUAAGACACUCUCCUUGAAUGGUUUAGAUUUCUAGAUUCAGCUUGAGAUAUAUUUUAACUUGGUACCCAACAUUUUAGGAAAACCCCACCGACAGAUAUGAUUAUGUCAAGAUUCUAAAAUGUCUGUUUUCAUGAUUUUUUUUCUCUCAUUCAAAUAUGAUAAUUUCUUUUUAAUAUGGAAAUGUAAUUUGUGAAUGACCACAAUAUGCAACACUACCCCCGCCUUUUACAAAGCAUAUUAAACAUGUGCAGGGUUCAGGGCAUUCCGUAGACCCUUGAAAUUAUGUUUAGGACUCCUAAAAAUAAGUUUCAAAUCUGGUGUUAAAAGGGACAUGCGUAUUUCAAAUUUAGUCGGGACAAAUUUGUGAUUUGACUUCUUAAAUGACCCGGUAUUAAAUUCAAAUGGUCAAUGAACACUUAUGUGCACAAUGUUUGUGAAGUUAAGGAAUAAUCUUUCUAUACUAAUCUAACAGGUUUACAUCUGUGCUUAAUGCCAGGAUUUAAUUAUAUUUACAAUUGUUGUACAAAUUUAUAUCCAAUUUAUAAUCCGUUAUUACAGGGAGAUAAUGAUGUUUCAUCUUCCACACUUUACCUAAAAAAAAUAUCAUUCACAUUUAACCACAAAACAGAAAUACCUUUCAUAUUUCGUCCACAAAACAAAGUUACCUGUUCACAUUUAAACACUAAAAAUAUGUUUCACUUUCACAUCGAUUACCAGGACAUAUUUGUUUUCCAUCCUCUAUUUCAACAUAACACAAAAAUACCUUACACAUUUCCACUCAUACAUAUUUAUUUCAUUGAUAUCAGAAUUUGGACGUAGAAAAAAUGAUAAAAAUUCUACAUUUUUGAUCUCUAUUUCAACUUUUUUAAUCAUUAUUAACA